CCGGUUCACUCGCCUGUUAGCAAUAACAAAUAAACCACUAAACCCCAAUAAGCUAAAACCCCACAAAAUCAAACCAUUUUUCUCCACUCUGAUUGCAAGAACCCCAUGGCGAUCGAUUGUUUAGUUCUGGGGGCAGGCCAAGAAGUGGGCAAGAGCUGUGUGGUGGUGAACAUGAAUGGCAAGAAAAUUAUGUUCGAUUGCGGGAUGCAUAUGGGUCAUCAUGAUCACCAGAGAUACCCCGAUUUCUCUCGUAUUUCGAGAACCGGGGAUUUCGAUAGCUCCCUUACUUGCAUUAUCAUCACACACUUUCACCUUGACCAUAUUGGAGCUUUGCCAUACUUCACUGAAGUCUGUGGAUACAAGGGACCAAUUUAUAUGACGUAUCCAACAAAAGCUCUCGCUCCUUUGAUGUUGGAGGAUUAUCGGAAAGUUAUGGUUGACAGAAGGGGAGAAGAAGAACAGUUUACAUCCGAAAAUAUUGAAGAAUGUAUGAAGAAAGUUACUGCUGUGGAUUUAAAGCAGACGGUGCAGGUUGAUAAGGAUCUUCAGAUACGUGCAUACUAUGCUGGACAUGUGCUUGGAGCUGCAAUGUUUUAUGCUAAAGUAGGAGAUUCUGCAAUAGUUUACACCGGUGAUUAUAAUAUGACACCUGAUAGACAUCUUGGAGCUGCACAAAUCGAUCGGCUGCAUUUGGACCUUCUUAUAUCAGAGUCGACCUAUGGUACAACUAUACGAGAUUCAAAAUAUGCUCGGGAAAGAGAAUUUCUUGAUGCUGUUCAUAAAUGUGUUACCAAUGGAGGGAAAGUGCUCAUUCCUACAUUUGCUCUUGGUCGAGCUCAGGAACUUUGUAUACUAUUGGAUGAUUACUGGGAGAGGAUGAGUUUAAAGGUUCCCAUAUACUUUUCUGCAGGAUUGACUUUACAAGCUAAUCUGUAUUAUAAAGUUCUCAUUAACUGGACCAGCCAAAAGGUGAAAGAUGCAUAUACCACUCGGAAUGCAUUUGAUUUCAAACAUGUUUGCAGCUUUGACCGUUCCUUGAUAAAUGCUCCUGGACCUUGUGUUCUUUUUGCUACACCUGGAAUGAUCAGUGGUGGCUUUUCACUUGAGGUUUUUAAGCAUUGGGCUCCAUAUGAAAAGAACCUUAUUACGCUGCCAGGUUAUUGUGUAGCGGGAACUGUAGGGCACAAGCUGAUGUCAGGCAAACCCACUAAAGUCAAUGUGGAUAGAGAUACCCAAGUUGAUGUGCGAUGCAAGAUUCAUCAGUUGUCUUUUAGUCCUCACACGGAUGCCAAAGGAAUUAUGGACCUAGUUAAUUUUCUAUCUCCCAAGCAUGUGAUUCUUGUGCAUGGUGAAAAGCCUAGGAUGAUCGCACUCCAAGGAAGAAUUCAAUCUGAGUUGGGUAUACAGAGUUUUUGUCCAGCAAACAAUGAAACAGUGUCAAUUCCUUCGACUCAUUAUGUGAAAGCUGAUAUUUCAGAUACACUAAGACGACAUUCAAAGUGUCCGAACUUCAAAUUCUCAAAAACAGAUUCAGGAGAAAAUUCCGAUACAGGGUUUAUGCCAACGCCACUUAAUCCAUUGCAGGUGUUUGAUGAUAGAGUAACUGAAGGGAUCUUGUGUCUGGACAGAAGCAAGAAAGCAAAGGUCGUCCACCAAGACGAAUUUCUGGGCAUGCUGGGAGCUGAAAAGCACGAACUACAGUUUGCUUAUUGUUGUCAGGUACCUAUUGGCAACUUAGGAAAUGCUAUAGAGACUGAAGUUGCAAAUGUGCUUCCUGUCAUUGACAACGGCUCCUGGCUUCACCUAUUAACUGGGAAACUUGCAAUUGAACUUAAUGAUGUUAACAUCCAAGAAUGUGGAGAACAUAUUCAAGUAGAAUCUAUCAGCAUAUCCGUCUGCCUUAAUGAUGAUUGCCCGCAUAGAAUAAGCGAAACUAAUCUUAACAAGUCGGAAGCAGUAUACUUCUGUUGCACCUGGUUAGCAGCGGAUGAGCCGCUUGCCAGGAAUGUCAUUUCCACACUGAGGAAGUUAGAGCUGAGCACUAAUUUAACUACAGCAGGCUAAUAGUUGUUGUAUAUGUUUUUCAGUAAAUCCCUUGAACAAGUCCUGAAGUUUGAUACUGACAGCACAGCACUUGUGCAAAACCAAAUUUUGAAGAAAAUGAUGUACACACAAAUGUUGUAAAUUAUAUUGUUAUCAAUUUUGAUUUCACCGUACUUGUAUA